GCUACACGGACGGUGUAAGGAGUGGUACAGGUGUGGGAACCGUCAUGGCCUCCAGUUAUCUUCUACAGCGAGGUGCGAAAGCGUUCGGCAUAACCGUUCAGCGCUUGUGUCGGAGUGUCGUUUUCACGCAAAACAGAGAGAAGAAGCGCUGGAUGAGGGCUUACUGGCUUCUCAUGGAAAGAAAGAAGAGGAUAGAGGGGCCUCCGCCGCCGAAGCCACGAUCUCACGAGCCCAACUGGGACUAUCACGCCGAGAUCCAAGCGUUCAGCUACCGGCUUCAGGAAGACUUCUCCUUAGAGCUGCUGAGGACGGCGUUUGUGAACUCGUGUUACGUGACAAUGGAGGAGGAGCGCCGGCGCCUUUUGGGCCUCGACAAGGAGAGCGCCGCCCUCAGUUUGAGUGACAACACGGAGCUCCGCGUGCAGGGGAUGGACUUUGCUUUGAGCUUCCUCUCUGACUGGUGCCGAGGCAGCUUCCCGAAUUUGCCGGAGGAGGGCGUGGCAGUGGUGGUGGGCUACCUUAGCAGCCGUGCGGUCGUGUGCCACGUGGCGCGGAAUCUCGCCGUCGAGGAGCUGACGCUGAGCGCUCAGUUCCCGGUGCCUGACGGUGUCCUACAUGACACUUUCUUUGCUGUGGUUGGAGCACUUCGGGGGAGCAGUGGACCACAAAGGGCAGAACUUUUUCUUCGAGACUUCCUGAUCGCACAGCUCAUUGGAAAGGACCUCUUUGAGCUGUGGCCAGUGACGAAUCCCAUGGGGCUCCUGGUAGAGGAAAUGUCUCAAAGAAAUCUGCCCCUUCCUGAACCUCGCCUCACUAGGUCGGCCGGCACCAGCACUGUGCUCCCGCUUUACUUUGUGGGACUGUACAGUGGUAAAAAGCUCCUUGCUGAAGGUCCGGGGGAGACUGUUCUGGCUGCAGAAGAGGAAGCUGCUCGCAUAGCUCUGAGAAGGUUGUAUGGAUACACUGAGAACCGAAGGCCUUGGGACUUCUCGACCCCCAAGGAGCCGUCUCCCACUGCUGCCCUUCACUCAGGCCAUGGCCCCUAGGAGUGUCGCUCCCAAAUGGCUGUCCCGUGUGGAGAGGCAACGGCCACGGGUCCUAUUUGAACUGGCAUUAGCGUCACAUGCCGCGUGAACUGUGGGCCGGGAAGGGCGAACGUGGUAAACGAUCUCAUCUGUUUUUGCACGAUGCUUGGAUACAUUACAUUUUCCAUCAUUGUGUGUCUGAAAUUUAAAAAUAAAAAAA